AUGGACCCCAGCAGCCAGACUCUGACGCCACUUCCCAGCGUACUUCGACACGGGCUGACGGCUGUUUCUUUCUUCGGCUUCCUCUCAUUCCUCACGACGACAGCGCUCUUCUUUGUUCUGACGUACCGACUGGUGUCAUGGUACCUUUCGCCAGCCCCCGAAACGCCGGAGCAUAUGACGGGGGAGCGGAACCCGGAUGCAGCCCUUGCGGAGGAGAUGGGUCUGCCGGACACGGUCUAUGCCGGCAGCCGGAAGAAGAACAAGACAAAACGGGUCGCACCCAACCAGUUUCUAGUGCUCAUCUACAACCUCCUGUUGGCUGAUAUCCAACAAGCCCUCGCAUUCUUGCUGAACGCAGCCUGGUUGACUAAGGAUGGCAUCAUUGUUGAGACCUCGACCUGUUGGGCUCAAGGGUGGUUCAUCUCUACUGGCGACCUGGCGUCCAGUGCCUUCAUCACCACCAUCGCUGUCCAUACGUACUUGGCCGUUGUCAGAGAGUACAAGCUUCCGACAUGGCUCUUUUACAGCAUCAUUUUCUUCGUUUGGUUCUUUGUUUACGCUCUGGCUGUAGCGGGUGUAAUCAUCACCAACAAUGGCGCUGAUGACGGAGGUCUUUAUGUUCGCGCUGCUGCCUGGUGCUGGGUCAACGUCCGUUAUGAGGCCAUGCGUCUAUACCUCCACUACCUUUGGAUGUUCGUCUCUUUCUUCGUCACGGCGGUCCUUUACAUACUUAUCUUCAACCACAUCCGCCGCACCGACCCUUCCCUUCAGCUCCCCUCCUCCUCCAACAACUCCUCCGCCUCGAAGACCACCCGUGGCCGCGAGCGCGGUCAUGCACACACCAUUUCUACAGUAUCUCAACCUAGUCGUCCCAAAACUUCGUCUGGGCAGCAAGGCCCCGCCACAUCAUCUAGCAGCGCCGGCCACCACCCGGCUUUCUUGAUUUACCCCAUCAUCUAUAUCCUUUGUACUGCGCCCUUGGCCAUGGGUCGUGUCAUAACCAUGUCGGGCAGGUCAGUCUCCCUGGAGUACUUCUGUCUGGCUGGCUCAAUGAUUGCCUCUAAUGGCUGGCUUGACGUGCUUCUCUUUUCCACGACCCGUCACGUUAUUAUCUUCAACGCCUCGCCAGACUACGAGGAGACUGGCAUCGAAACAUUUGCGUUCAUGCGUACUCCAGCGAACCGCAGGUACGGAAAUAUGGUCUGGGUCCAGGGCGGAGACGGUCAACCCCAACACGUAUCAAACGGGGAUGAGGGCACCGGCGGUUGGCUACGGAAGCUGUUCCGCAGGGGAAGCGGCCGGGGUGUGAUGAGGGAUGGUCACCGUCGGAGUGGCGCACACAGAAGUAUCAGCCAAGAGUCACUACGGAGGCGCGGGGCAACAGAAGGAAUUCAGAUGGAGACCGUAACGACGGUUGUGAUCGAAAUGGACGGUCACCCGAAUUUGAAGAAGCAUGGCGGAAGGGCACAGUCGAUUGAGAGUAUUGACAAGGAACGAGCUCAUAGCGUCGGAAGUAUUUGA